AUGUCACUGGCCGCCCUCUCCGCCUUCCCCCCAGCCUCACCAACAACCCCACCCGUAACCCUCACCCCCUCCAUAACAAUCGAAGACGUCUUCUCCGCCGUCCAAUCUCGCACCGCAUACCGCGGCGUCGUCCCCUUUGAAAACAGCUCAAACGGCAGCGUAGUCUUUACCCUCGACCUCUUCGCCGACCUCAACAACAAGUAUCCUGAUAUUCUUGUUACGGGAGAGGCGUAUGUGGCUGUUAAGCACUGUUUGUUGGGGUAUGCAUCCACUGCGACUAAGAAUGGAGAUGGAAGAGAUGGAGAUGGGAGGGAUGGAAGAGAUGGGAGAAACGGCAAAGACUUUUCGCACAUCAAGAAACUGUACUCGCACCCGCAAGCCUGGGGCCAGUGUAAGAUGUUUCUGGAUAAGUACCUCAAGACGGCUGAGAGGCACGACGUGAGUUCCACGAGCAAAGCAGCGGAAAUCGCGAGUCAAGAUAAGACCGGCGAGUCCGCCGCGUUAUCUAGUGAAAUCGCCGCAGAGCUAUUCGGACUGGAUGUACUCGCGAAGGAAAUCAACGAUAAAAAGGGUAACAGCACGAGGUUCUUCGUCAUACGCCGGAAGCACGAUGAUGCCAUGCCAUCUACAACCACACCCACACCCACAACCACAACUCCAACUCCACCGCCACCGCCAUCACCCAGCUCCUAUAACGCAAACACCUGGAAAUCACUCAUCACCUUCACCAUCGAGCAUUCGAAUCCUGGCCGAGUGGAGUAA